CUGUCAAACAUGUACAGUAGAGAGCUGUGCGGAGGUUAGUCAAAGUUCACACCGUCACAGAUCGUUUGCACCAGGGGAAGUAAAACACAACAUGGCAGCGUGCGAAUACACAUACAAGGCCGGGGAGUAUGACGUGUCGCCAGAGAUGAAGGAGGACUUUGACCGGGACGGGUUUGUUAUUGUACGGAAUUUGCUGGACGCGGAAGAGGUGGAGAAACUUCGUCAGACGGUAGGGGGCGCUGAUGGCGGGAUGUUGUCUAACGCGUUCCACUCUGCAGACGACACCGGGCGCCUCGUGAAGGUCUGUCUCUGGAAACACCCUGGGAACGACGUCACGGGCAUCAUUGCACGCAGUAAUAAAGUGGCGGGAACGUUUGAAAAGCUCCUUGGAGGAGAAGUUUACCAGUACCACGCUAAGGUGAACAUUAAGGAGCCAGAGCAGGGAGGGGCGUUUUUGUGGCACCAGGAUUAUGGAUACUGGUACAACAACGGCCUGUUGUUUCCGGACAUGGGAACAGUGUUCAUUGCUAUGGACAGAGCUGACAAGAACAACGGCUGUCUUCAGGUGAUGAGAGGCUCCCACCGUGCAGGCCGGGUUGAUCACACACGUGUGGCGGGACAGACAGGAGCGGACUUAGGCAGGGUCAAGCAUUUGGAGAAGGUACUAGAGGUGGUCCAUGCAGAGUUGGAAGCCGGUGACGCCAUUUUCUUCCACUGUAACGUCCUGCACCGGAGCGACGCGAACAGGUCAAACCGGAUCCGGUGGGGAUAUCUUAUCGCUUACAACCGGGCCUCCAACGACCCCGUGUACGAGCACUACAACGCCUCGUACACACCGCUCAACAUGGUUGAUGACUCGGAGAUCAAGAAGUGCACCAACAUGACGGACUUCUCGGGGAAAUGUUUCACCGACCCCGCCGACAACAAGAACAUCGUCCGGGGUGAAAGUCAUAGGCCACUGAGCCAAGCAGAGCUUGUGUUCGUAGGUAUUCGAAUUGGCCUGGUUACCUGGCUAUAUUCGAAUGCCCAACACUGGCAGAAAGGAAUUUGGUACCGCAGAUUGACCUUCAGGUCAAGUUGUAAGGAAGUAUGGCUUCACACACAAUGUUUAAAUUUUGUCACAGAGUGAUCAAAGUACCCAUGCUUGAUCUCCGCUUCUCUGUUGAGUGGCAAAAGGAAUUUGGUACCGCAGAUUGACCUUCAGGUCAAGUUGGAAGGAGAUAUGACUGUUUAAAUUUUGACACAAAGUGAUCAAGAUGCCCAUGCUUGCUCUUCGCUUCUCUGUACUGAUCGAGUAGCGGAACGUCAUAAUAAAGAUUUAGAAAAGUUCAAAGUAAUCAUGUGCCAAUUUACGUUAAAACAACAAGAAGUCCUAUUUUUGUGAAUUUCUUGCUUUAUUCAUUGUCGUGACCUAUGUUAGACCCUUUGUGAUCUGUGGUUAGGGAAAUUCCUUAUGCACAAAUAUACAUAAUGUAUAACGAUAUUAAUAACGCCACAAACGUACGGAGCUAAGAAGACGGUUGAAACUGAACACUAGCAUGCUUAAUUGAUAUUUGCAGUAGAUACGAGACCAUUACAUUAUCCUUUCUUUGACACAUAGUUCAUCAGAACAGCAGACUGGUCGAUCAAAUCAAAAACCUCCAGCAUAUUUGCAAACGUUUGUGUUUUUAUAAGAUGGGUCACAACAAGUUUGGAGGACGAAAUAAUAAUGGAUAUGUACAUUUGUAAGACUUAAAUAAACUUCUUGAUACUUAAUGCCGACUAUUGUCAAGUGUUGUUU